CCCCGGUUCUCCUGUUCUGCGCUACGUACAUAGCACUCCCACGCGCGCUCGUGCUCGUGCAGCCGUUUUAUUACCCAGCAUGGUAAGAGGAGUCUCCUCUGCUAUCGUAUCGUAUCUCCAUCCCCUUGGCUUUCUCAUCAAUCAAGAUCAGCUACUGCUAGCUAGCAAAGCAAAGCAAAAGGUGCUGCUGCUACUGGUAACCGUAGCUAGCUAAGCCACUGUAGUGUGUAGAGUAUAGCAUGUCAAGUUGGGGGAAGAGAGAAAGAGUGAGUGAGAGACCCACACUAGGCUGUCGCAAGCACAGUACUGCUGAGGACAAAGACACAGGAGAGAAGGGGGGUUUGAGUUUAUUCCAAGGACGAAGCUAAAGGCUGGCUGGUUUUUGGUUACCCGUGUGUAGGAGUGUUUGUUUCCCCGGUCGCCGCCUCCCGCUCUCUCUUUCCCCUCUCGAGGGAGAGAGAGGAGAAGAGAGGGGGCCAAGAAAGAAACAAGAAACCACCUGUGCAGACAUCGCUUGCUAGCUAGUAGUAGCUCACGAAGGGCCGGCAAUGGAGAUUGGCAGCGGCGGUGGCGGAGGGAGCGCCGUUGCCGGAGGUGGCGAUGGCGGCGGCGGAGGGGACGACCAGCUCCGGCACGGGCUCCAGUUCGGCAAGAAGAUCUACUUCGAGGACUCCUCCAGUGGCGGGAGCAGCAGCGGCGGCGGCGGUGCGAAUGCGGCGUCGUCGUCUUCGAAGCCGGCGGCAAGCGGCGGCGGGAAGAAGGGCAAGGGCUCGGCGGCGCCGCCGCGGUGCCAGGUGGAAGGGUGCGAAGUGGAUCUCACGGCCUCCAAGGGCUACUACUGCCGCCACAAGGUGUGCUCCAUGCACGCCAAGUCGCCCCGCGUCGUCGUCGCCGGCCUCGAGCAGCGCUUCUGCCAGCAGUGCAGCAGGUUCCACCAGUUGCCUGAAUUUGAUCAAGGAAAACGCAGCUGCCGCAGACGCCUCGCAGGCCACAAUGAGCGCCGCAGGAGGCCACCCGCUGGCCCUCUUGCGUCACGCUACGGCCGGCUUGCUGCAUCCUUUGAAGAAUCCGGCAGGUUCAGGAGCUAUCUGCUGGAUUUCUCAUACCCACGUGUUCCGAGCAGUGUGAGGGAUGCGUGGCCAGCUGUCCGACCAGGUUACCGGAUGCCCAGCGAAGUUCAGUGGCAAGGGAACUUAGAGCCUCGUGCUCAGUCAGGUGCAGCCAUGGGUUACGGCGGCCAUGCAUACAGCAGCCAUGGCUUCCCCAGCCCAGGGCUCCCUCCAGGCGGGUGUCUUGCAGGGGUCGCUGCCGACUCCAGCUGUGCUCUCUCUCUUCUGUCAACUCAGCCAUGGGAUACUACCACCCACGGUGCCAGCCACGACCACCGGUCCGCGGCCAUGUCUGCCGCUGCCGCGAGUUUUGAUGGCAACCCUGUGGCGGUGGCCCCGUCCGUCAUGGCGGGUAACUACCUGCCGCCACCGGCGAACCCUUGGAGUGGCUCCAGGGGCCAUGAAGGUGGGCGGAACGUACCUCCUGACCCUCAGCUGCCACAUGACGUCCCGCUCCAUGAGGUGCACCCUGCAGGCUCUAGCCAGCAGGGCCACUUCUCAGGUGAGCUCGAGCUCGCUCUGCAGGGUAACAGGCCUGCAGCACCUGGACCACGCUAUGGCGCCGGCCGCAGCACAUUCGACCACCCUGGCAGCUCGACGAACUGGUCUCAGUAGGGAUCACUUCCACUACUACCCUCUGCCGUAGUAGUCCGCGCAAAGAGACAUGGAACUGAAGAAGAGCCUGAUAUUGCCUACUGUUUGCUACCUUCUCAUGUCCAGUACUAUUUGAAGGAAACUCUGAAGUGGCUGGCGGUUUAUCUUCUCAGUGAUGCAUAACAUCCAUGAACUCCUAACUAUUUGCGCCCAUGUAAACCUCCAUGAAUUUCAAGUAUCAGUAAUUCAGUAUGCUUGUCGAGGACUUUUACUCGGCAUAUUA